CGAUGUAGACGUCGCGAGAUGAAUUCUAUAGACCAAUAGCUUCUUUACGUCUCCUUUUGCGUAAUUGCUGGACUGAAGCCGACCCAACGUACGCACCCCAGACAUGGGCACCCGGGCGGCGGCGUUCACAGCCAAAAUCCGGAACUUAUCGGAGUUCCAGCUGCGGCUGGUACAGGGUACAGUUCCGGCACCAUCUGGGGUGGAGAUCGCCAAUAUUCUGAAGUACUUCAACCAGCUGCUGCUAGGAGUUCUGCGCGACAUCAAGUCUGCGCCUGUGGAGAUGCUGCGACACUGCGACCAGGACGAGACGCGCCUCACGCUCUUCCCUUGCUUGGACUACUUCGGCCUGCACACCGCCCUCACCCACUUGCUGGACCUCCUCCAGUUCGUCACCUUCGCCAAACAUGCGCUGGGAACUGCCAUCCUGCAGCUGUGGUCAACCCUCAUGAUCUUCUUGGAUCGCGACACCGUGGAUUCGCUGCCCUUCUUGGUGGCUUCGAUGAUAUCCACGACGCCCGAGACCGUCCACCCCUUCCUGCUCAAAACGCUCUGUUUCCAUGUACUGCCUGCUUCUGUAGGAGUUCUGCGCGACAUCAAGUCUGCGCCUGUGGAGAUGCUGCGACACUGCGACCAGGACGAGAUGCGCCUCACGCUCUUCCCUUGCUUGGACUACUUCGGCCUGCACACCGCCCUCACCCACUUGCUGGACCUCCUCCAGUUCGUCACCUUCGCCAAACAUGCGCUGGGAACUGCCAUCCUGCAGCUGUGGUCAACCCUCAUGAUCUUCUUGGAUCGCGACACCGUGGAUUCGCUGCCCUUCUUGGUGGCUUCGAUGAUAUCCACGACGCCCGAGACCGUCCACCCCUUCCUGCUCAAGACGCUCUGUUUCCAUGUACUGCCUGCUUCUGUAGGCGCCACUCCCAAGCUCAACGAGGAAGAGAACUACGCCGCAGCGUCAGUGCCCGCAGUCAUUAUGCUCAUUCUUCAGUACACCGAGAACUCGGCAUACCACUGCCAGCUCAUCGAGUGCCUGAUGUCUGUCAAGUGUCACGUCAUCCAGGAUUUGUUUUGCGUCAUCGCCCACGGCACUCCAGGCUCCAGGAUACCUGCAGCCAACCUCCUAUUUUAUUACUGGCCUAACCUCAAUCCUAAGCUUUUCGAUCGCAAGGGAAUGCCGAUCAAGCUCAGCGACAUAUCGUGCGUCUUGAUGGCAAUGUUCAAUAAGCCAGCGCAGGCAAAAGCAGAUUCUGCGCAGCCUCAUACCGUGACUAGUUCUGACACAAGGGAAUCGAAAACCCCCAAAGGGUGGAAGGCGUUACCAUGCCAGAGGAGCAGCUGUGAAGCAGAACACAAACACCCGAUGAUGGUGGCGUGCAUGGACCACGUGACAGCUUUGGGCGCCUGCCCGGACACAGCGCCGCCCCUCUACAUGUGCCUUAAGUGCAAGGAACAACUCGAGAAAAACCAGAGCAACGUUGAGCUCCAAGACGUCCUCAAGCCAAUGACCAACAUCGCGACGUCGUGUGAGAACAAGAACUGCCGGUCGACGGAGAAGAACGCGAUAGCGACGUGUUUCAGUCUCGAGUGCUGCGUGUACAACAACAACAAACCUGUUCGUUAUUGUUCGCAAUGCAACACCAUCCGACACAGCACCCGACGAGGCACAGAUGACCACAAAGUUCACACCGCCAUAACCUCCGUCUGGGACCAGCCUCCUCAGAUUACCAGCUUCCUCGUAGAGUGCAUCGUCAGUCUGCUGGGGGAGGCGCAGGUCUUGCCUUCAUUCACCUUAUAUACCAACACCCACACGCAGUCUGCUGGGGGAGGCGCAGGUCUUGCCUUCAUUCACCCCAUAUACCAACACCCACACGCAACGGUGAGUCCGGUGUGUCACUGGUUCACCGUCACCCAGUAUAUGCCAGACGAACAACACGGCGUGACCAUCGAGCGGCUGAAGUCAGAGCACCUACAGGGGUGGCUGCAGGAGGUGUGCAAGACGCACCUCAACGUCUUCAUCGACUGCCUCCUGCCUCACCCGCCUGAGUACUGCCGCGUCGGGGGGCACUGGGAGACGCUGUCGCCGAGAUCAGAGCACAUAUUUGAAGGCUUCCGUCGGUUGUUCUGUCUCGUGCCGUACGAGGUGGUCACCAUCGCUGUCUGGGAGGCCGUGAUGCCGCACUGGCUGCAGGCCAUAUACAUGGAGGUCACCGAGGAACAUCUACAGGCACUCAAAAUGCCCCUCAGCAAGCUGCUGGACAACGACAUGUCGCCGCUCGGCUUCGACAGCGAACAAAUGUUCAGGUUCUUGGCCGUGCGUUUCGAGAACACAUCCGCCCACGUGCAGAAGCAGAACCUCGAGUGGCUGCAGAGACACAAUUGCAGCAAGCUGCUGGACAACGACAUGUCGCCGCUCGGCUUCGACAGCGAACAAAUGUUCAGGUUCUUGGCCGUGCGUUUCGAGAACACUUCCGCCCACGUGCAGAAGCAGAACCUCGAGUGGCUGCAGAUGUUGUCAUCAACCAACAUCAGUGUCCCCAUCUACAUGCUGAUGGAGAUGUUCGAGAACGGCGUGGGCAGCUUCCUGGCCCCGGAGAAGGCCCAGCGCAAGACGUCCGCGAGCUCGGAUCAGGAGGGCCAGAGUCCGACGGACGAGCCUCCCGAGCUUGAACCCGUGCCUAGCAGCGGCAAUGAAAGCAGCCCCGGAUUUUCCGACGAAGAAGAAGACGGUAAAAGGAAAGGCGGGAAUAAAGACUUGAGGCAGUCAGACCCCGACUUGGUCUUGACUUGCUACGUCCUCAUGCUGGACAUCGCCUACAAGCAGAUGGAGGUGCAGAACGUGACGAAGCAUCAACCCAUCACGAGCGGCAUCAGCACGACGAUGUGGCAGCUGUUGAAUAAGAUGUUACGCACCCCUUACCUCAUCAGUCAUGAGUGUCGACAUGAGUGCUCAUUAUGCUUCCUCAUCAACACAUUUUUCCAGCUAUGCACCGAGAUUGUCACGUAUCUCUGCCCCAAACUGCCCGUUGUUAACUCCAGGGUCGCCGACAUUCUCAAGAGCGUCGACGCAGGAGCCGACAAAAGCAAAACCGACGCUGCGCAGGCGAUCGUCGCCGACGCCCCGAAAACUUGCGUCGCCAAAGCCGCGUCGCCGACACCCGCUGCCGCCGUCUCUUCUUCAGCGACCAACGGCGCAGCGAACGACGCUUCGCCGACCGCUCUGCCUCAGGUGGUGACGGCCACGGUAGCCACAGUGAGCGCCAUGGACGUUGUGGCGCACAUGCCACAGGAGCAAGUUAUGGCGGCAGUUGCCACAGCCACAAACUACGUUCUUUCGUUUUCUCCUUAUCACUGUAAUCUCGUUCUUAUCACUAUCGUCUUGUUCUUCUUGGCUGCCCUGCCUUCUCACUACAAGCAGAACGGUCGCAGGGUAAGAUUAACGAGUGUCAAGUUCACGAAUGCAACGGCCGUGGUGGCGACGGCGAGUGUGGUGGGCGAGGACGAUGAGCCCGUGGUGACGACGCAGCCGCUGGAGGAGGACGAGGACGUCUGGGUUACCAUGUGGUCCCUGAUAAGCAGCGAGUGGUCCCAUGUGGCGGAGGUAUGCGUGGCGCUACUGAUGCACUUCAUCGCGCUGCCUGAUGGUCCCGACGUCUUCUGGAAGCUCUGUGAGACCAACUUCAACCACACCGACUGGAAGGUCCGAUUCCAGGCCGUGGAGAAGGUGGUGGUGUUGGGAAGGUUCCUUCACACAAGUUGCAUGCGUGGCUGUCGCAAGCUGGCAGGGGCGCUGGCUCACGCCUUCUGCUACCUCGUGGCCUCACUGGACGAUCUCAACGUCGCAGUGGCCCAGAGGGCCUCACUUGGCCUCAACAGCCUCCCAGACUCUGGCCUUAAGGCUCUCUGCUCUUGCCUUGAGCAGCAGUUUGAUUGGGUGAUCCUGGAUCGACCGAUGAUAAUCCAGACUUUCCAUCAACUGUCCUCCUCAUUGCCGGACCGCAGGAUACUCACGUGGGAGUUCUUCUACAACCGCUUCGAGGGCCUCUACUUAGAGUCCCAAGUGACCCUUGAAAACCGGGGCGACCUUUACCAGAAGCCGCGAGAGUCACAAGUGACCCUUGAAAACCGGGGCGACCUCUACCAGAAGCCGCGAGACCUGCGAAACGUGAUCAUCAACAGCGAGAACUUGCACCGCAAGUACAGUCGGGCGCAAGAGGCCCUAAAUCUCGUCCAAAGCUCCAGCACGAAGACGCUCUGCUCUUCCCUCGGGCCUAAAUGUCCUUACAAGAGAACAAUGUCUGCCCCUGCAAACAUGCUUAACAAACUCGACAAACCAGCUGAUGUAGCCAAGCCAGUGAUUGCCCCAGCGUCGACACCGAAAGAGAGAGAACGUUCGUAUUGUCGUCAGUACUCCGUACCUUUGCUUAAACAUCGAAGUUCAAAAAUUGUACUGGCUAACCCUGAGAGCGGCGGGUUCAUGACCGGAGGACUGAGCUCCGUGGUGGCCGCAGCAGGCGCUGCUAAGGAGGCUGCCGGCAGUGACACGAUGAUACAGAGACUACAGAAAGCCAUGGAGCUCGAGGAGACCGACAGAGAUACGCUGCAUUUGCUCGUGUUUCUCUUCAUGCAGUUCCUGGCUCAGCCGCAGCACGCUGGCGGCCUUGAAGAGGAGAAAGGCGGCGUGAAGUCAAUUGAUGCCGUCCUUCGUCACGUGGCAGGACUCAUGGGCUUCAGCACCAUCGAGAAAAACUUCUCUUUCAGCCCUGCCAAACUCAGAGCGUCGCCGGUGUUCAAUUCAUUCAUAGGAAAUUUAGCGCACGUUUUGGACCACAAUUUCCUGAUGGCUAAGAAGAUCAUCGCUAUCAUCGUGCCGGUGUUGCAGUUCAGUCCUGCAGUCCACAAGGUUCAGGACUUGCGGCAACCCACGUACAGUCUCUGGAUGCUGCAACCAACCAUCAGGAAGGCUUGGCUCACAUCCACACUCACCAUCCUCUAUAAGUUUGACUGCGACGAGAGCUACCUGAAGGGACAGGUGGUGAGUCUGGUGCUCAUCACACUCAACACUCUGGACCGUCACUACCACAGAUGUCGUGUGGACCACACCACAGCCGUCACCACCUCUUCAAUUCAUUACCCUAGAGAGACGAGCCUGGGCUCGUUGGGUGGGGACGUGGAUACCGUGGAUGAGGGGGGAGACCGGAGCCCCACGGCGGGCAUUGGUGCCCUAGCUGCCAGGGACGAAACGGUGCGUCUUCCCCCCAGCGAGGGUAGUCGUGGGGACGCUCCUGAGCUCGUCCUCACCCAGGUUUUAUCCCCAGAAGAAGGGGAAACUUACGGCCCAGUCGUGGCGACAAUCGUCACCGGACAAGACGGCUGCGCCAAAGUGCAGCUGAACGCCUCUUUCAACGAAGAGGCGCAGGAGGAUUCGGCCCCAGAAGACAUUUGGUACGACGCCGACUGCCUCAAGACGCUGCCUGACGAAGGUGAGCUGAAAGCCGAGACGUGCAGCACAGAAGACGUGCAGUUUGCGGUUGCCAAAGAAAUCUCGGCACCAACGCCCCACGUCAGAGACUCGUCCACGGCGGUCACGUCAGUCAUGGCGUCGCAGAUACAAGCUUUUGACGACUCCUUUACGGUCAAGAUUCACAAUGCGGAGCUUGCAGACGACGACGACUCUGGCCUGCAGCGGCUGAGCGAACAGGCGCUCCAGGGACUCAGGAGCAGAUUCUCUGCGACUGCGCACGACUCGACUCAGGCGUCUACUUCUGCCUCAACCGCAGCCUCACCCGCCUCUUCUUCCAGCAACGCGCUGUCUGAAACUCCUGGAGACGGCGACGAGACGAUGUCGUCCUUAAAGGAAGCUUUAGGACGACGCGCCCUCGUCCAGACCCACGUCAGUUCAUCCACUCCUAAAUCCAGUGGCUCGUCACAGCGUUCAUCCACGUCAUAUUGGCUCUCGUCGAGCACGUCGACUGAUUCGUCGAGCGAUUUUAACAUCUCGAGGGCGGCCACAAAACUUGCCUUCGAGAUCUGCAUUGAGGAAGAUCCGGAGGCCUGGGAGGCGUCCGGCGAAAGCAACAAUAACAGCGUCGACUUCCCCGUCCGACCUGAGCGCUCAUCAAAAGAAGCAGCGGGCGCGGCGCCCCCCGACUACAGCGAGGAGUCUGGCAUCGAGGCGACGACAGUGUGCUCCAGCACCACUGACCUCACCACAGUCAUGUAUGACGCCACCACUACCUGUUCCGAGCAUAAUGCGUGGAAUUUAUUCAAUAGGUGCAUGAAAUGA